GGGCUGGGCCGUCCUACAGAGCUCACUGCGCUCUGCCUUGCCUUUGACCACCUGGUGGACGACUACACCUCGCAGCUGCUGGUGUCCAUCGUAGAGGAGAACGAGCAGCACAUGGAGGAAAUCCUGGGCAAGGCGCAGAACCCCAAUGUGACGUUCACCUCGUUCUCCUUUCGUGGCCUCACCCCGCUUUCGGCGGCCAGCCGCAAUGGUCAGGCUUCCAUGCUCUUGCUGCUCCUGCAGGCCCGGGCCGAUGUCAACGCUGCAGAUCAACAAGGGCAGGUGCCUUUGCAGCUCGCCGCUGCGAACGGACACACCGAG